AUGCUCGGGAGCCUGCGGGCGGGGGUCAGCGGGAGGCGGGCAGGGGUGACGUCCCCUCCCCCGACCCUCCCCCUCAGCAGCGCAGCCUCCGCCGGCCGCUCCCGCCGCGGCGCGACCGGGGCGGCCUCUGCCGCGGGCGGUCUGCGGCGAGCGGCCACCUCCUCCCCCUGGGGCGGCGCCUCCUCCGCGGCCGCGGCCGCUCGCCUGCUCGCACGGCGGCGCUCGGGCGGCGGCCACUCAUGGCCAUUGAGUUGA